GUACCGGGUAGAUAUACUUGCUCCGUCAAGUAUCCACCAGCACACUCCUUCUAUCUGCCAGGAGCUUCAGGAGCCAAACAGUUACGGACCUUGACUCGUCAGCCUCUUGUCCGGACGUCACACCUUGCACCCACCUUGCUUCUUCUUCACACCCACACCCACAUCACAACACAUCUUUCUUCCAAACCUGCGAUAUCCAGCUGCCUGUCCGCUUCAUCCACGUCAACUUCUCUUCUUCUUCUCUCACCCACCUCGCUCGUCCUCCGCCAUCGAAACUACGUCCAAUCCCGACAGUACCGCAAUCUACAACUCGCCAAAAUGGAGCUCUCCGACGCCUUCCGUAUUGUCAACUUGGCCACCGCGACUAUCAUGGUCCUCGGCGGCAUUGCCCAAUUCUUCAACUUCAACUUCCAGGGUAUCAUUGUUGGCGCCUACGUGAUCAUCUUCGGUCUCUGCACCGCCUUGCUCGAGUUCCAAAUCCCUCCCCAAGUCUCCCGCUACGCCUCAUUCCUCUUCUCGUUCGUUGGCCGUGGUGUUUUCUACAUCUUCAUCGGUUCCAUCCUUCUCUCCGACGGCGUCUUCAAGAUCAUUGCCGGCUCUAUUGUCGGCCUCAUUGGCGUCGCCUACGUCGUCCUCGAGUUUGUUCCCCAGAUCGAGCCGCCAGCCAACAUGCGCGAGGCCGACGGUGGCUGGGGCGCAGAGCAGGUAUACUGAAAAGAGACGGGGAACUCGACAUCGCGCAAACGAUCACGACAAUCAAUCCUCAGCUUCACCCAUGAGAAUGGGGAAGAGAAAGAGCGAGAAGAGAAGCGAUCAAAAAGGAACGACAGUGUGGGAAAUUUCGACGAGAAGUUCCCUUAUGUUUGGCCCCACCAGGCAGGCUGUAUAUUGUGUGUAUUCACCACUGUAAGGCAGGAAUGAUGUGAGUGUGUGUUGUGUAGGGAAAGAGCAUAUGCUUCAUUGCGUUUCGACUGUACGACGGAAGACUGUGCCAGGUCUAGUGGCACCUUGUAUGACUUUUUUCUUAGAUGGUGUAAAGGAGAAAGGGAGGCCGGGAAAAGUAGGGUAUUGUUUGGGAUUCGCAAUGGCUAGUCGUAACAGACCUGAUUUUUGCCCUCCAGAA